AUGGAGCAACUUGAAGUAGUUAUCAAAAAUGAUACAACUGUAACAUUUUUUCGACGAAUUCAUAUUUUGGAUAGAGGAGACUGGGUAUAUCAUCCUCCAGAAUCAAUAAUACCAGGGAAACGGAUAUUUUAUGCAUGUACAAAUACAACAUCUCAACCAGUAAAGCGAUGUAUUGUUCAAUAUUCCGCAAUUAUUGAAAGUAUAGAGUAUGUAAUUAAAUAUGAAUAUGAGUCUGAAAUUCUUGGUGUUGGUGAAGUACUUUUACAAAUUGGUACAAUAGGAAAAGAUGAUAUAUUUAUUGAAGGUAGCUCUGAGAUCCCAAUAAACCUUUUUAAAUAUCUGAGAGCUGAUAAAGCUGAUAGUUGUAACUCUCGUAACCUAUUUUCAUUAGAAUUAUGCAAUGAUACUCAGAAAUCAUCUAGGCGAAUAAUAACUAGGGCAACUUUAAAUGAAACUGAAUUAGGAUCUAAUUAUAUUCAACAAUUAAAAAAAGAUAAUAGAUUUCACAAAAUUAAUAAUAAAAAAGAUAUAAAAUUUUAUCAUGGAUUAAAUAUGGGUAAUGAUUGGUAUAGAAGACUAAGGAAAUGUCCAAGAUCUUUAUAUAUCCGUAUUGUUAACUGUACUAAUUAUAGCUUACAUUUAGUUUUAUCUCCUUUUAAGAAAGGAAGUUCCAAAAAUUUAAUGAAAAGUCGCACUUUACCAUCUACGACUCUCUCAUCUGCUAUAGUCCCAAGUAUUCAUCUAUCUGAUUGUACUGAUGAUACUAUUUCACAUGGUCCAAAUGCUCCAUUUUCACUUAGUAAUUUGAUUUUUGGUGGCCAGUGGAUAGAAUUUCCUCCAGAAGUGAUUGAAUCAAAUAGUUUUGCUGAAUUUGGUGCUGGAUGUGACUCCUUUUUUUCUUUAGAUUUUAGAGGUAUAAUCUUAUAUCGUAUUUUUGGAUAUGCAGGAAAAAUAAAGUUUUCGUGGGAAUUUCCAUUAGGACUAAAUCCUCAUCUAUUUUGUGAUGGAUUUCAUAAUCUUAAGCUUUUUAUUGUAUCAUGUCACUAUGAAAAUCUAAAUGAUGGAAAAGUAAUAUUUCAUGUUAUAGAUCCUGAAAAUCUACCUUUAAUUAGAAUCGUUUCAGCAAAAGUUAUUUUUUCAGAAAAUAUUUUAAUAAAUUCAAAUAGAUCUGUAAAUAAUUUAUCGGAUAUAAUGAAAGAUAUACCUAAUGGAAGUUCAAAAUUUGAAGAUAUCAAUGAUAAUAUGACUCCUAAAAAUGAAAUUGAACAAAAAGUUCUUUUAAAUAAGGCUUCUAAAGUGUCCAAAUCCUUAGAAAUUGAUCAAUUAUAUAGUCCUAUGUUUCCGCCUAUUGCAAAUCUAGAUCAAUUUAAGGAUAUUACAAAAUAUAUAUUGGAAUAUACUAAAGAUCAGAGAAUAUCUCUAAAUAAUGAUUUACAAGCUGAAUACUAUAUAAUUGAUUUAGAAAGUCCUAGAGUCCUCUUUUCAUUUUUGAUUGCAAGUAAUGUUAUAAAUAUACACUCGAAAUAUCCUGGAAGUGUUGAUUCUCUAUUACUUUUACUUGAGUGGAAUAUUGGAUGUGAACUAUUUAAGCGUGUAUGGGGACCUGAUGAACGUGUUAUUUUACAAUCUAGCCUUAUUGGAGGAAUUGAUGACUCUGAUAUUAUUUUAAAUAGUACUCUUCGUAAAUCUUUCCAAACUAAUAAAGUUUUUCAACGAUGUUUCCCAUUUAAUACCAAUAUUCAAAUGAAUAUUGUAUCACUUAAUAUAUAUAAUCAAGAUUUAUUAACAGCAAAGAAUUCAUUUUCUCCUCUAACUAUAGCAUUAUCUUGUCAACAAUUGCUUUCUGAAAUAAUGGUACCAUACUUAAUGCAUAUCUUGAAAUCAUCAAACCAACAUACAAGUGAAAAAUCUUCGAUAGCAUCUACAUCUUCAAAACUUUCAAGUUCUACUAAUGCCUAUCAGCCAUUAGUGGAAAGUGAACACUUCUGGAAAUAUUGUAAUGUAAAGUCAAGUACUUUAAAGCUACUAGCAACAAGUGAGUCUAAUUCUAAAUCCUGUAUCGGUAUGAUGGAUUUCGAAGGUAUGGUUAAUUUCAUGUUAUAUCACUGGAGUGAUACUUUCAAUGCACACUUUACUCAAAAACUAACUAAAUUUAAAUCUACGCAUAUUACUAUAGAUAAUAUUAUUGAGACAUUACAACAUGUAAGCUUACUAUGGGCUAAUAAGGAAUUUGAUAAAUUUGAAAAUAUCCUAUUUGUUCAAGAAUUCCUUGAUAUUGGGAUGAUUUUCAGUGAGAUAAUUGAGGGAAAGGAUAGUAUGACUUUAUAUUCAUUAAGUAAAUUAAAGAUGAUGUUAAAUGAAAAUGUCAUGUAA